AUGUCAAAUAUCGCCUUCACACGGAUCCAAAGAGAAUGCAAAGAAGUCGUUACAAAUAAAGAAAUUGCCGAAACAGGAAUUAUGAUAGAGAUUCUCAAUGAUUCGUUAUCGGAAAUCAAAGGACAAAUCCGUGGUCCGCCGGAUACUCCAUAUCAAGGUGGAUCAUUUGAUCUAGAGAUCAAAAUUCCGGACACCUACCCUUUUACUCCACCAAAGAUCAAGUUUCUCACUAAAAUUUGGCAUCCUAAUAUAAGUUCGCAAACCGGCACCAUCUGUCUUGAUAUUCUUAAGGACCAGUGGGCUGCCUCUUUAACUUUACGUACUGUUCUUCUGAGCAUCCAAGCAUUAAUGUGCUCUCCUGAACCAAAGGAUCCCCAGGAUGCUGUUGUCGCGAAGCAGUACAUGGCAAAUCCCACACUUUUCAAGGAAACAGCAAUAUUCUGGACCAUCAAAUAUGCCAAAGGUAAAGCUGAAGAGAAUUGUCAAUAUAGAGAACGUGUUGAGAAGCUUCGAGAUAUGGGCGUCACAGAGGAUGAAGCGAUCUCGGUGCUUAGUUGCAACAACUGGGACUUAGCGAAGGCUACAGAUUACAUUUUUUCGUGA